GCGGCGGCGCCGGUGCUGGAGCGGGGUGAGGAGCGGCCGGGCUCCCCGCGCCCCGUGCCAUGUAGGAUGCUGCCGGCUCCCGCAGCCAAGCGGCCGCCGCCCCUGCUCUGGCCGCCCCCCGCCGCCGAGCCCCCGGCUCCCCCCUGGGCCUGGGUGCUCCCGGCAGCCGCGGGGCUCGUCCGGGUCGGCGCUGCCGCCUCCGGGGCUCCCCCGCCGCCGCCUCCGCCGCUGCUGCUCCCGGCGCCGCCGCCGCCCGCUCCCGCCGCCGCCCUGCUGCGGGCAGCCCCGGGCUGGCGCGUCCCCUGCGAGCCGCUGCUGCCGCUGCUGGCCGCCGAGCCCCGCUCCGCCGCGCUCCUGCACGGGCAGUGGAUAUUUGGAGCUCAUUCCCCAGUCAUUGGAUUUUCACCUUCUUCGAGCGUGGAAUUUGUCCCUGUUUUUCCACCUGUGUACACAUCUACGGUCCCACCUCACGCUGGGAAAAACUGGAUCGAUAAAAGGCUCCCCAGCUGCAAAAUAUACCUGAAUAAUGCCUUUGCUCUGGAUUCAGCGUGGCUCCAUCCUGAGGACUCGGGACUCUUCCAGGGCGGUGAGAAGCCGCUGUUAAUGAGCAAUCAGGUCGCUAUGGCUAUAGCCAGGCCAGCUGCUGCCUCCAGGCCUCUCCCCACCGUGGUGCUGGCACCUCAACUGAUACCAGGUCAGUCGGACAAUGGCCUUAAAGCUGUUGGUGGCAAUCAGACCCUGGCCUUGGCCACCACGGCGAUGGUGUCAGUGGAGCCCGAGCCCCACCAGGGACCUCCGGCACCGAGCAUCCAACCCUGCCACGUCCUCACCUUCUCCCCUAUCAAAAUCCCGGUUUUGGCUUCGCCUUUUCCAGGUUCCGCCUCCAGAAUGGAUGCUCACGUGGGUCCCUUGAUGCCAGCGCAAGUCACCCGUGUAACGGCUUUGUCUGCACCGACGGUGACGUUCAUGGCAACCAAUUUGAUGGAUCAGGCCUUAGCAGAUAAUGGCAAAGAAUCGAGUCGAUCCUCCUGCCCACCCGCCUUGAUUCUGCACACGGAGAGGAAGAGCACCCCUGGGCACAGCGCUGGUGAAAAGGAGCAUUCAUUUAAACUAGUAAAUGAGGAUGACAGCUCAUCCAGUGGCAACAGGCCCGUGGCAUCCACUCCAGUGCCGGGAUCACCAUGGUGUGUAGUCUGGACUGGAGAUGACCGGGUCUUCUUCUUCAACCCUACAAUGCAGCUGUCAGUCUGGGAGAAGCCGGUGGACCUGAAGCACCGCGGCGACAUAAACCGGAUCAUCGAGGAUCCUCCUCACAAGCGCAAGCUGGAAGCUGCAGCAACAGACAAAUGUGUUAGCUCUUGCCCAGGGGAUGAAACUGAUGAUCUUAGCAUCAAAACUAAGAGAAAUAAAACAGAAGAUUCCCAAGCUGCUGACCAGCGAAAGGCUGAAACGGAGGAGAAAAAUGAGGAGACAUCAGCACCUCAGGUCACGCCUCCCCUAGAAGAGCGUAUCACUCAUUUCCGAGACAUGCUUCUGGAGAGAGGGGUUUCAGCUUUUUCUACGUGGGAAAAGGAGUUGCACAAAAUAGUGUUUGAUCCGCGCUACCUUCUGCUGAAUUCAGAGGAACGUAAGCAGAUAUUUGAACAGUUUGUCAAGACCAGGAUCAGAGAAGAGUACAAAGAGAAGAAAAACAAGUUAUUGUUAGCCAAAGAAGAGUUUAAAAAGCUCCUUGAAGAAUCUAAGGUGUCACCAAGAACAACGUUCAAAGAAUUUGCAGAGAAAUAUGGAAGAGACCAACGGUUCCGGCUCGUGCAGAAGAAGAAGGACCAGGAGCACUUUUUCAAUCAGUUCAUACUUAUUCUUAAAAAGAGGGACAAAGAAAACAGGAUAAGGCUACGGAAAAUGAGAUAAAAGCUGCUGAAACUGGCAACAAAGACACAGGUCCAGGCUGUGACUGCACUAAGGAACUCGCAUGAAGGCUAAAGCGUUCAGGGUUAAACUUGGGACAGCUUGAUGAAGAAGAGGAGAUCCCUGAGGAAAUGUUCCUCUAAGUGGAGUUUGGUGAACAUAUAUUGAAUUUGGGAAGGCUGUUCUGCAGGAAUCAGAAGGAUAUUUCGUUCUCAAAGAAUUAAUGUUUCAUAUUGAAGCUCUCUUUUGUACAACAUCCAGAGUUUGAUGCAUUUCUAAUUGCCAUGAUAUGUCAAUCCGUUAAUUGUUUUAAUUAUGCAAAUUACUUGUAAUAUACACAAAUUAUGAAUCCAAUGCAGAUUUAUAAUUAAGCAGAAGCAGAUGCCAUCCAUAACUAUCUCAAGAUAUUUCCAUCAUUUAGGGGAAUCAUCUAAAGCAAUCUUUUGGCAACUUUACGCAUUACCCUAAAGUGUUUGGAGGUGCAGUUGUAUGCAGGAAUCCAUUACCCGGUGUUCAUACGUCUCUGUCCGGUUCUCUGAGUAGUAGUAAUAAGAUAUUAAUUGUUAACCUUAGUGAAGAGUGUGGAAAUCUCGGCAUAUGUUCCAUAGGAAAACUCCUAAGUUUCAGAACUAGCUUUCAACUUACCGCGGAUAGUGCUUUUGGGCACACGGGUGGUAGGAGCAUUUCACUGUCAGCAGUCCAAAAAGAAAUUAAUUUGUAAAACCCUCACAGUACCAGUUAUGUUGCUGUAUGUGAAAAGUCUGCAUGAGAUUUUUCUCAUCAUAUUUGUAUACAUAAAUAUUUAACUUUUUUAAUUAAUAAAUAUUUUAAGCCAA